UUAAGGUUUCCUGAAAAGUUUGCUGUGGCACCCCAUAUCCACCGUCUGCUAUCUGAUGUAAGAAGAUUGCAGGUUGUAAUCUGUAUGUGCCACGCAGGCCGCACAGGCAGCCGCCGCUGAUCUCUGAGCGCUGUUUUACCCAGCUGUAAUCCCGUAGCCAUCUAGAGGAUUUUUCUGCCAUUAAGUGAUGGCUUUUGGAAAAGGGAGUGCUGCUUAGUGGGGCCACACACACAUAGGCAUGUAUGUACACACCCCUCUUGGGACCUUUAAAUCCAUUCAGACGUUCACUUAGAAGCACACGGUGCUGACAGCGUGACAUGUCAGAGUGGACUCAUGGAUAUGUUUUUACUAGUUUUCACUUUAGGUGGAGGUGUGUUGCAGUUGAUCAGAAGGCAUUUUAUCCUGACAUGCCACAGGUGAAAAGGCUCCGCGAUGUUUGUCACUGUUAUAGCUGUGAGUUUCCUGAUGCUGCCGCACGGCGUGGCUUUGUGGGCCUGUACCCGCUCCUGCCCCCCCAGUUGCACGUGCACUCAGGAGAAAAGUUGCACGGUGCUGUGUGACCGCGCCAACAUGGUUGAGCUUCCUGCAGAGUUCCCUUGCGAAGCCUCCUCCAUCAACCUGGAGAAGAACAGCCUGAAGUUCUUGGCCGAGCGAGCCUUUGGCACUCUUCCCUCGCUCAAGUCGCUCUCCUUGGACCACAACAACAUCUCCUUCAUCACACCAGGGGCUUUCAAAGGGUUACCAAACCUGCUGGAACUCAAGAUGGCUCACAAUGAGUACAUUCGCUAUCUCCACACGCGCACCUUCACCUCGCUCAAACGUCUGGUGCGCCUGGACCUUUCUGAUUGCAACCUCUUCAACAUGCCUGACCGGAUCUUCCUGGAGCAGAUAUCACUGAAGGAGCUGCUCUGCUUCCAGAACAAUUUCAGACGCAUCCCAGGUGCUAUACGUGGAAUGGAGAACCUGACACACAUUUACUUGGAGCGCAACAAGAUUGAAGCAGUGGCCUACAACUCUCUGCUGGGCCUGAGCAACCUCAAGUAUCUCAACCUACAAGAUAAUCGCAUUAGCGUCAUCCACGAUGAGGCUUUUAAGGACCUUCGUAGACUGGAGAACUUUUACCUGAACGACAACCUGUUGGCUGAGUUGCCUCAGCAAUCUUUCAAGGGUCUCAAUCGUCUCAAGAUGUUGAAUCUGGGUGGUAACUUGCUGACCAACGUCUCCAAAAACUGGUUUGGUGAUCUGGUGGAGCUGGAGGUGCUCUACUUGGACCGGAACCGUUUGUCCUUCAUCGAAGUGGGUGCUUUUGAGAAUUUGACCAGCCUAAUGACGCUGCAUCUCAACAGCAACAACUUGACUACACUGCCUUUCACUGUCUUCCAGCCUAUCUACUUCAUUGGACGCCUGUACUUGUUCCGCAACCCCUGGGAGUGCAACUGUGAGCUAGAGUGGCUGAAGGAGUGGAUGGAGAGCUAUAAGCUGGUGAGGGACAUCCCAUGCACUUCCCCUUCUUCAGUAGCUGGAUUGGACCUGAGUGAGGUCAUGUAUGCUCGUUUGAAUGGCACUUGUGUGGACCCUGCAGAGCUAAACUUGACCACAGCUAUCCCUGACUACCCCACCACUGAGAACAAGUUUAAUAGCCUGAUCUCCAAACUGCUGCACCAGGAACUGAGGGAGGAGAUGGGGAAUUCCACAGAAGGUCCAAGGAAUGGCACGCUGCUGGAGCCAGCAGAGGGCCAGGUGUCUUCAGCCCAUAGGUCGUCUAGUGCUGGUAAAAUCCUGCAUCUCCUGCUGGCCUGUCUGUUCUUCCUCCAAGCUCCAGCCUCUCUUUCCAGUCUUAUUAAUGCCUCAUGAAAGUCUGGCACAUGGAAGAAGAGACAGUUUGCCAAGAGAGAAGAAAACGUUUGGGCUAAAGGCUGUGUAGAUGAGAUUUUUCCUAGAGACUUGGAUUGUAUGUCUCGACAAAACAAGGAAAUGCCAGCUGCUAUGGUCCUGAAGAAACCUUUCUCAGAAAUGUGAUACUGUUAGAGAAACUGGUUUGAAUAGUUGAUUUAAAGAAAUCAAAGGACAAUUCCACCAACACAUGUGGAUGUGGCUGAAUGACUGUUUUUGUGUAUUCUCAGAAUGAUUAGCUUUUUUUAAAAGUGAUAAUUACAGAUGUCUUAGUAUAUGUAAGAUACUAGUUUAGAUAAACUAUAUAGAGUGAUGACAGUUGCCAUAGAGAUUGGAAAAUGAUGUUGAAUUGCUAUUGCAUUACAUGUGCAUUCUCAUAAAAAAUGCACUUUGAGCUUUAGGGGCACUUAUUCACUCAGGAUUUUGAGUAGUGGCCAUCCGCUUAUGGUGUUGUUAUAGGAAACUGGGUUGUACAGUUAGUG